CAACGAUCGAAGGAAAGAAACAAGUGGUGGCGCAGGAGAGAAUGUGGAAUCUGACGCUGGUUCUGUGCCUAAUAUGGGCGGCGAGCCUCCUUUACGGCGAGAUGUUCGCGUUCUGGUUGCCCUCGAUGUGGACUUGUUCAUGGCCUCACCAUCAUUCCCGAUUUUCCACAUCCAUUUCUUCCGCGAUGCAUGGAGUAGAUCAACCUGGUGAUUAUGUGAAAGUUGCGGUUCUAACUGAUCCUCAACUCAUGGAUAAAACCUCCCUUCGCCUUGCUCCAAAAUCACUCCUUCUAGAGAUUGCACAAUUCUAUACGGAUAUCUUCAUGCGCAGGGCAUUCCUAUCAUCUGUUUUACCUUUCAAACCUGAUGUGGUUUUGUUUCUGGGUGAUUAUUUUGAUGGGGGGCCUGUUCUGUCUGAUGAAGAAUGGGAUGAAUCUCGGAGACGUUUUAGACAUAUUUUUGACCUAAAUAUGCUCCAGAGAACUACAAAUAUUCAAGUCUACUACCUUGCUGGAAACCAUGAUAUUGGCUAUGCAGCUGUCCACUCUCAUAUGCCACAGGUAUGUUCGUAUGUUAUUCAUCAUUGUAAAUGA